CACUCUGCAAUUCAAUCCUUCACUUCACUCGCUCUCUCUCUCUCUCUCUCUUCUUUUACACCUACUUUUGCUCUUCCUCAUCUUUGAAUCCGUGAUCCCAAAAUCAAUGGCGGCAGCAGUCUGCACGCUGAGCCACAGCACGAGCGCGCCACCGCAGUUCUACUUCGACGAGAAGUGGAAGCUCUCCAAGAAGGAGUCCUCCUCCAGGAGCUCCCGAUCUUGUACCGGCGCUCCCGCCGCCGUUGCGCCGCUGAUGAGGAAUUCCUCCUCCUCGUCGACGUCGUCGUCGUCGCACAGGAGGUGUUCGUUCACGAGGAAGUGCGCCAGGCUGGUAAAGGAGCAGCGCGCUAGGUUCUACAUCAUGCGGCGGUGCGUCACCAUGCUCAUCUGCUGGCGCGAUUACAGCGAUUCUUGAAAACAAUCCAGAUUCGGGAGAAGAAAAAAUUGAAGAAAUCUGUUUGAGUGACCGCCGCGGUUGAGGAGACUCGAUCGGCCAGAUUUAAUCGAUGAAGAUUGGAGAUCUGUAUUUGAGAUACAGAGAGAUCCAAUUAUUGACGGACGGCGCCCUGGGGUCUACAGGUCCAAAUCAACACCACACUCAUCUCUCUCAUCUGUUUUUUUUUCUUUCUUCGGGAUCUCGAUGUUUCCCUGGUGGCAAUUUUGUUCGGGUGUGAGAAUCGGGCCGGUCGAUUCCGGUAUUCCAAACUACCGUCCUCAGAUCCUUCUCUUUCUAGGCAAUUUUCAAGGCAGCCAAGCAGAGGAUUUCGAAGCCAGAGGAGGAAGAUUCAAGAAGAAGAUCCAUCACUCCAUUUGUAUAAAUAAAUUUCCAUAAUACUGCACAUGUAAAUAGUAUCCGUAAAUCUUCUGUUUCAGAUUUUUUUUUUUUUUAAUCUCCGUCGGGUUCCGUACAUCUGAAACUAAACCGGAGAAGGUGAUCGGAGCUUGGGGGUUGCUCCGCUUUUAAUUAAUCCAAUUAAUUGCGACUGUUAAA